UUCGUCGUUUUUCCGCGAAGCGACACCACGCAGACGCUCCCUGGGCCGCGCGCCUCCGCACCGCACCGAACCGCACCGCUCCCGUCGCGUCGCGUUGCGUCGCGCCGCGCGCCUCCCGAUCGCUCGUGCGUCGCGCCGCUGGAGGAGCGACCGGCAACCGGAGUCGUUCGGCGCGAUUUCCCUCGUUUUCCUGUGAACUGCAGUAAAUGGAGGAGAAAAGCGGAUCAUUUGCUCGUCAUGGCCGCUAACAAGCCGGAGAAGGACCAGAGGAAGAGGCUCGCUCACUUCCUGUCCGACUUGGCCGUCCUGGGCUCCCUUCAGGGUUUCCGCUACUUCCAGCCGUGGCUCAGAGGCCGAGAGGAGCUGCUGCUCACUGUGGUCAACGAGGACAAGGGCUGGUGCUCUCCUGGCUUCCCGGUGUCCGCCGCCUCCUCCUUCAGCAGCUCCAGCUCAGGAAGCAGCGGGAGCCCCGAGGCCAGCCGGAGCAGCAGCGCCGCGGUGUCCCCGCCGCUGUCGGCCAGCAGGUGCCAGGAGGCCCACCUGCUGCCUGCCUCGCCCAGCGAGAAGGAGAUUGCCGUGCCCGAAAUGAACUGCACUCUCUUCCUGUUGGCGGGUUAUGCUAAAUACGGUCGACCGUAUGCCUGGAUACGGUCCAAUCACGAGCGCCUCAUCAACAUCGGAGGCGCCGACUCGUUGGUUCGAGACACGCCGAUGAAGCUCAAGUCCAUCACAGACUGGCCUUCGCAAGGAACGCAGGUGUGGGACAUAGUGAGCGAACUCGUUGGCCUGUGCACGGUCCCCCCUCCUGCAAACCCCUUCGCCCUGGACAUGAACUACGUGCAGACGCUCGCUCUGUCGGAGCGAUUCCUCGUGUCGGGGGCCCUCGUCCACUUCCUGGAAGCGCUCCUGGUCCACAGCAGCAGGGAAGAACCUUUCUACAGAAAAGUCUUCUUCUAGGAACCCGUGUCACCGGGCCCGAGGUCCAGGACACGUUCUGACUUCUCCUGCUCCACACAGUGCUGGAGGAGGUGGAGGCCCUGAGGAGACUCCAUGUGCAGAGUCUGGGGGAGGUGCAGCAGCUGCGCGGGCCCAAGCAGGGCUCGCCGGAGGGUCGGCCGCGAGACCGGCGCUAGGAAUCGCCGAAAGGGUCGAAGGUCACACGGGGACAGCGGGACUGCACGAGCAGGCCGUGGCGGAGCUACACCUCUAGAGCAACGGAGGAUGUCCGUCGUGGGGUUCGAAGCGUGGCUCCAUUCCCACCGCUGAAAGCGAAUGUGUCAGUUCAGCUUCUUCACUCUUGUUCACCUCAACUCUGCUUUGUUUAGCAUUAUUAGUGAGCAGAUCUCCCAGCAAGGUGUCAGUAUGCCUACACCUUUGUGAACGUUGCUUUCGAUGUACAUCGUUGGUGUGGAACAGCGGACUGGUAUAGCCAGCGAAUAAAAGCAGCCGUGCUUCUUGGCACGCAGGCACCCGUGCCGCGUCGCUCGUUUUAUUCCACGUCCGUGAAGCUGUGCAGCAAUCGAGUUAAA